AUGAAGCAGAGAGCACAAUAUCAACAGGGACACAAAGGCAACUGGAGGGCAGUUCUUGGCAGUCCUUGUGCAUCUCUAUCAUGUGUUCUAGUCGCCUUCUUAGUCCCUUUCCAAAUCAUGAAAUCCUUUUUCUCCUGGGUCUUGUCUAGCAAUCUGUAUUUGAGUUGA